AUGAGGAAGGUCAUCCCAGCUCUGAAGCAAUUUUUAGAAGAGAUAGUGCAAAAACAUCCUCCUGAUGCAUCAGCAGGGGAUGCCUCAAUAUUGCUGCAAAGUAUUAACUUUGAUUUUCUUGUUUGUCUUGAGAUUGCCACCCCAGUUUUUCAAGAAACUGCCUAUACCUCUGAUGCCCUACAACAGAAAGACUUUGAUUUGGCUGCCUCCUACAGAAUUGUGGAUGGAGUGCUACAAAGUUUGAGAGAAUUAAGAAAUGAUGAGAAGUUUCAGGAGAUUUUUACAAAUGUUAAAGAGAAAGCUGAAUCCAUGGCCAUCGACCUCCCCUCUGGGAUUCCUGACAAGGCAGAAGAAGAAAAAUGCCUGAAAGAUACAAGUAUAGUCCCUACAUCUGCGAUUGAGACGCAGCCAUAUCAAUCCUUGGAUGAGUACUACCGUGUGAGAGUAUUUUAUGUGUUUUUAGAUACAAUAUCACAAGAGCUACAAAGAAGAUUUAAAGAACCUGUGAAUGAAGAGGCAUUCAAGUCAUUGCAAAAAUUAUGCCAGUUUUAUGAGUUAGAAGAAGUAGACAAGCUACGGUUGGAAUUGAAGAUCUAUUCCUCAUUUCCUUGCCUGCCACAGAACACUGCAGCUACAAUGCUCAACCUGAUGAAAGAAAGCAAUGUCCAGGAGAUAUUCCCACUUAUGCUUGAACUCUUAACAAUUUAUGCCACUCUACCCGUCACAAUUGCAACGGUGGAAAGGACCUUCUCCAAACUCAAGCCGGUGAAGACAAAGCCAAGCUGCGCAGCCUGUCCAGUGAGGAGAGGUUAUCUGAUCUUUUGUUGCUAG